AUGGGUCUCAUCACCGGCCUCGUCUCCACCGUCGUCCACGUCGCCGCCGGCAGGAACCCCUACGGCCACAACCACAACCAGGCAGGCCAGCCCGUCGCCGUCGACUCCUGCGGCGUGCCCCUCGACCACGCCGACGCCCGCGGCUGCACGGCCGGCCCGAACGGCCAGCCCUGCGGCAUCUGCGCCGUCGCGCUGCCCUUCGGCAAGGGCCGCCAGCAGAAGAGGGAGCGCAGGGCCAUGAGGCACGCGCAGAGGGCCCAGGUGUACUCCAACGGCCGGUACCCGGGUUACGUCCCGGGCGGGAUGGUGGUUCGUCCGCAGCAGCAGCAGCAGCAGCAGGUCUCAUACAUGGGGGGAGAGUCUUCGAGGCAAGGUGCGGCGAGGAUGGAGGAGGGGGUGGAGAGGAGGAGGGCUUCGACCGGGGACGAUGUGCCGGCGCCGCCGCCCGCGUACGAGGAGACGGCGCCGGCGAGGAGGAGCGUGGAGGUUCUAGGGGAUAGUGACGAGAAGUGGUGGGAGAAGGCUUAG